GACACCGAGAGUCCAGUCAGAACCUGCUUCCAGUCAGAACCUGCUCCCCAUCAGAACCGGUCCUGUCACCAUGUCGGCGCUGAAGCCCGGCUCGUGUCUGCGUUCUCUGGUUCUGACCCCCCAGAAAGUCCCGAGCUUCAUCAUUCCGUCCCGCAGCCCGCUGCGUUUCUCGCCAUGGCCCGGCCGGCGCUCCCCAGACCGGACCCGCCUGCUGCCGGACUCCGAGGAGGAAGACGGGACGGUGGCGAGUCCGAUGGCGGCGAGUCCUUCGCGCUUCCUGCCGCGCCAGCCGCGCCAGCCGCGGUCCAGAGCCCCCCGAGACACGGACCUGACAACGGCGGCUGCCAUGUCGCUGACGCACGUCGGCAAGGUGACCACGCCCUACGGCUUCGGCGCCGUGCUGGCAGCGAGCCCCUGCACCCGCCGGAGGGAGUCCCUGUUUCACCACCCCCCCACUCCGACUACGCCACGGCCCCCCCCACAGGACCCGUGGGCCCCCCCUGCACCCCCCGGUCCUGGUCCUGGCCCUGGUCCUGGUCCUGGCCCCGGUCCUGGUCCAGGCCGGUCCCGGGUCAGCCUGCGUCCCGUCAGAGCGUUCGGGCUGCAGGUGAUGAAGGAACUGAAGAGACCAGCGGCUGCUCUGAAGGAGGUGCUAAGCCCCGCCCACCGGGGGACACGCCCCAUGUGA